CUUCCCCCAAAUUCUGAUGCAAUCUUCCAAGCUCUGCUAUCAUUCUCUUUAUGUAUCUACGUAUGUAUAAAAUGAAUUCAGACAGUUGGAAGCUUCCAUUGCAGUACAACCAGUUUGCAGAGGUAGACGUUCCGGUGGGUUUUCACACGAGGUGCGAACUGUAUUUGUGUUAAAGAUAUAAAUCUGGAGCUAAUAAAAGCAAUUAUAAGAAAAAAUGUGCGGGAUAUUUGCUGUGUUUUCGUCAUCAAGGAAGCCUUUCGCCGGCAAAAAGUGUAAGGGGAGAUUCAAGAAGUGUCUCAGAGAAAUAGCCUACGACCAGAGCAGUAAACAACGGCAUCGAGGCCCCGAGCACACCGGCAUCGAGGUACUGGAGAGUGAUGGCGUUGCAAUGGUGCAUGAACGUUUGGCUAUCGUAGGCGUCUACACUGGAGACCAGCCCUUCAGGUCUGAUAAAGGACACAUCUUGAUGGUAGCAAACGGUGAAAUUUACAAUUAUUUGGAACUCAGUGAAAAGAUUCGCGAAAAACGGCCUUCUUACAAGCCAAAGAGUGAUUGCAGCGUUCUUAUUGAACUCUAUGAAGACCACGGAGUGGAACUCUUCAGCUAUAUUACGGGGAUGUACGCAUUCGCCCUGUAUGAUGAAGAAAGCAAGAAUAUUUUAUUGGCGAGGGAUCCAUACGGAAUCAUUCCAAUGUAUUUUGGUCGAGACAGGGAACAAAACAUUUGGGUUGCAAGCGAAAUGAAGUGUUUAGUGGACGUCUGUACUGAAAUCGAGGUUUUCGAGCCUGGCACAAUGAUGUUUGGGCCGGUAAAAGAGUUGAAGAAGAAACGGUUUUUCAAUCCAGAUUGGUUUGAUAAACCUCUCAGAACGCACACCAACCUGACACUGCUAAGAGAAACCUUCGAAAAGGCUGUGCACAGCCACUUGGAAUGUGAAGUUAAAUUUGGCUGCCUACUAUCUGGCGGAGUGGAUUCCAGCUUAGUGGCCUCGAUUGCGACUAAAAUCGUUCGACAGACCGACCCUGACUUUAAGCUAGAAACUUUCAGUAUCGGGCUGGAAGGUGCUCCAGACUUCGAAUACAGCAACAAGGUCGCAAAAUUCAUUGGCAGUCAUCACACCGAGAUCCACUUCACAGUUGAUCAAGGACUAGAUUGCAUUAGAGACAUCAUAUACAAGUUGGAGACGUACGACAUCACCACCGUUCGAUGUAGCAUCCCCAUGUAUAUGAUGACGCGAUUCAUGAAGAGUAAAGGAAUCAAGAUGGUCCUUUCCGGUGAAGGGGCGGACGAGAUAUUCGGCGGGUACCUUUACUUCCAUAAGGCGCCGAACCCUGAAGACUUCCACCAUGAGUUAGUGAAACGUGUCAGACAACUCCACUUGUCUGAUUGCCUGAGAGCCAACAAGUCUUCAAUGGCGUGGGGCAUUGAACUGCGCGUUCCAUUCCUCGACAAAGAGUUCGUAGACCUCGUUAUGUCUAUCAAUCCAGCUGAGAAAAUCCCUGGGCCUCUGAAUCAGUUCCAAAUAAAUGGAAAAAGAAGCCAUGGACCUAGGAUAGAGAAGUACAUUCUACGAAAGGCGUUCGAUGGCGGUUCGUAUUUACCAGACGAUGUCCUUUGGCGGCAGAAGGAGCAAUUUUCCGAUGGUGUUGGAUACUCCUGGAUUGACACAAUAAGCGAAUAUGCCGCAUCUCAUGUAACAGAUGAAGACUUCGCAGCUGCUGCAGAAAUCUACCCUAUAAAUACUCCCACAACCAAAGAGGCUUUCUACUAUAGAGCUAUAUUCGAGGAGAUGUUCCCCGGCGACCAUUGCGCUCGAACCGUGCAGAAAUGGGUACCCCGCACAGAUUGGGGUUGUUCGGAUGAUCCAUCCGGGAGGAAACAGGCUACCCAUACCGCACAUAAGAAAUGCAAAACAGACGUUUAAGUUAUAUUUAAGAUUUAAAUGCACCUUUUUGUUUAACGAAUUUGAUAGACUGAGAAAAUUGUUAUGAAUCUGAAUCUGCAUCUGCAAUACAUGUGCAGAUACAGCAAAAUUUGUCUGAAGAAGUUUUUGAGUUUUCAUCGUCAGUGGAGCUGACGAGUUAGUAUUCUUUUGUUAACUUUCGUUAUAAGACUGAAAAUUGUAUUAGCUAAGGUAUCUGCUGUACUUUCCAAUUCUAUAUGUGUCUAAAAGCCGAUUUUCAAAUAGAUAUCCUUUGUAGACUA